AUGGAAGAGAAAGACAAUGUGGCCAAAGAUGUUUCCUAUGAGCGCUUAAAGCGCAUCUAUGAGAGCCGCCCACGCCACGAGGUCAAAACCGUUUUGGGCGACAUUAAGAACAGGUUGGGCAAAGAAGCAUCAACUGUGGAACAAUACAACAGUUAUAAGACGACGCUCGCAGCCAAAGCAACAGUGGAAGCAACAAAUUCUGCCGCGAUUUCGUUUCCAUCCACAUCGACAGCAAUCAGCAAGAACACUGGCAACAUAUAUCUCAACGACAGUAACGAUUGCGAACCGACCAGCGCAGCCGCUGCCCCAGCUGUCACAGCUGCGGCCGCUGCUGCUGCUGUUGCUGCCGCCACAACGACUGCAACUACAAUCGCAAGUGAAACAACGACUGCUGAUACAACUGAAACUGCAACUGCUACUGCUUCUAAUAUUGCUGCAUCAGUUCCUGCUGCUGUUGGUGGCGUCAACACCGUCACUGUCACAGCCACCACUACUGCCGUCUCAGCUACUGCGACCACCUCCCAUUCCGCCCGCGCCAGCUACGCCAGCCGCGCCACCCACACAAACGCCAAAGCCAAAGCUACGAGCGACGCCGACAUCAAAUAUAUUACCGACAUCGACGACACGGACGACGCAGAAGCCCGCGCACGCGAACACAAUAUACAUCGCGGAAGCGGAUACGGUCGCCGAGGCGAGAGGGCGGUCGACUGCGACAGCGACAGCGGCAGCGGUUGGUUACGGUUACGGCAGUAA